AUGCCUCACUGGCUCAUCUACCACCCCCCCUCAGCCUACCAGGACGCCGAGUCCAAAGACUCUCUGGCAAAGGCCAUCACCGCCUUCUACACCGGCGUUGACAUGCCCGCCUUCUACGUCGUCGUCCAGUUCAUCGAGGUGCCUUUCGCCAGCACCUACAUCGGCGCUGAGACCAGAGAUGCCAACGACAAGCCCUUCAUCCGCCUCGUCGCCACGCACAUUGCGCACAACUACCCCCCCGAUGAUGCCGUGAUUCGCGCCGCGGGCCAGACGUUUAAUAAGCUGCUGACGGCGGAGAUUCAGCCCAAGGGGUAUGACUGGGAGUUUCACAUUGCGGAGACGGAUAGAAGGUUGUGGAAGAUUAAUGAGUUUACGCCGCCGGAGAGACGGACUGAGGGUGAGGCGCUUUGGGUCAAGGAGAAUAAGCCGGUGCCUUAUUGA